AUGUCCAACCAGCAGAUCGCAAUCGUCUCCGUCUACGACAAGACCGGCCUCCUUGAUCUUGCCAAGGGCCUGGCUGAGAACAAUGUCCGCAUCCUGGCCUCUGGAGGUACUGCGCGCAUGAUCCGCGAGUCCGGGUUUCCUGUCGAGGAUGUCUCCGCCAUCACUAAGGCUCCCGAGAUGCUCGCGGGCCGUGUAAAGACCCUUCACCCCGCCGUUCACGCGGGUAUCCUAGCCCGAGACCUUGCCUCCGACGAGAAGGAUCUUGCCGACCAGAACAUCAACAAGGUUGACUUCGUCAUCUGCAACCUCUAUCCCUUCAAGGACACCGUUGCGAAGCCCGGUGUGACCAUUCCCGAGGCUGUUGAGGAGAUCGAUAUCGGUGGCGUUACACUUAUCCGGGCAGCUGCCAAGAACCACACCCGCGUUACUAUCCUCACCAACCCCGCCGACUACCCCGAGUUCCUGAAGGAGCUCCAAGCCGGAACCAUCUCCGAUGCGACCCGCCAGCAGUACGCCCUCAAAGCGUUCGAGCACACCGCCGACUACGACGCUGCCAUCUCUCAGUUCUUCCGCCAGCAGUAUGCCUCCGACGGAACCAAGCUGAUCAACCUCCGCUACGGUAACAACCCCCACAUGAAGCCCGCGUGCGCCUACGUGACCGAGGGAGAGCUCCCCUUCAAGAUUCUCAACGGCGGCCCCAGCUCCAUCAACCUCCUUGAUGCGCUCAACGCUUGGCAGCUCGUAAAGGAGCUCAAGGCCGCCCUCAAGAAGCCUGCGGCCGCCAGCUUCAAGCACGUCUCGCCCGCGGGCGCCGCCAUUGGCAUCCCCCUGACGGCGGAGGAGAAGCAAGUUUACUUCGUCGAUGAUAUCGAGGGCAUUGACGCCUCCGGACUUGCCCAGGCAUAUGCUCGUGCUCGUGGUGCUGAUCGCAUGAGCAGCUUUGGCGAUCUGAUCGCUCUCAGUGACAUCGUGGAUUAUCCCACUGCCAAGAUCAUUUCUAGGGAAGUCUCGGAUGGUGUUGUGGCUCCCGGAUACGAGCCCGAGGCCUUGGAGCUCUUGAAGAAGAAGAAGGGCGGCAAGUACCUCGUGCUCCAGAUGGAUCCCACUUACCAGCCUCCUCGCAUGGAGUCCCGCAUCAUCAACGGUGUCACCAUUUCUCAGCCCAGGAACGACGCUGAGAUCACCCCCGCCUCCUUCACCAAUAUCAUCACCCCCAAGGACCUCACGACCCUCUCCGAAGAUGCUCUCAGGGACCUUACCGUCGCCACUAUUGCCGUCAAGUACACUCAGAGCAACUCCGUCUGCUAUGCCGCCAGGGGCCAGGUUGUCGGUCUAGGUGCGGGUCAGCAGUCCAGGAUCCACUGCACCCGACUGGCCGGUGAUAAGGCGGAUAACUGGUGGCUUCGAUUCCACCCCCGAGUGCUCGGCAUCAAGUGGAAGAAGGGCACCAAGCGUCCCGAGAAGAGCAACGCUAUCGACCUCCUCGUCAGUGGACAACUGCCCAAGGACGGACCGGAGCGAGAGGCCUUUGAGGCUGUAUUUGAGGAAGUCCCCGCCGCUUUCACGGAUGCUGAGAAACAGGAGUGGCUCGGCAAGUUGACCGACGUCGCCGUCUCUAGCGACGCCUUCUUCCCCUUCACCGACAAUGUCUACCGGGCGGCUAGGUCCGGAGUCAAGUACAUUGCUGCUCCCGGCGGCAGCCAGAACGACCAGCCCGUCUUCCAGACCGCCGAGCAGCUAGGCAUUACGUUCGUCCAGCAGAACAUCCGCCUCUUCCACCACUGA